CCAAGGCCUUCAUCAAAUAUAUGAUGAUCGGCUGGGAAUCGGCCAACUAUUGGACAUGGGAGUUCCUCCUCAAUAUUAAACAUUUAAAGGCAUACCCGGAAGUCCUCCGGAAGUUUGGUUGGGCUCCCCCAACCAUCGUACUCUACCUGGGCCACGCCAUCUCCUUCACGGAGUACUUUAGGGACACCCCUCUCCCCUACUGCCGACUGGGUGGCAAUAAGUCCAUCCUGGUGUUCCGAGAGCUGAAAAAGCUGUACAAACACGUGGGCCGGACCGUCCUGGGCCACCAGACCUUGGUUAAACAGGUCAAGCAGGGCAGGCUGGUGGCCAAGGAAUCCCUGGCUGCCUGCCAGAAGCUGGCCAAGGCCAAAAUUCCUUCACUCCUGGAUGACCUCGAAAAGGCUCCGCCCAAAGAUCCUAAGACGAGAUACAGGUUCUUUGGGUACCUGGCGGCGUACCUCCUUUCAAUAUAUGGGCACAGGACCGGAGUCCUCACAAGAAUGAAAGUGAAGGAGGUGAAGGAUGCGCUGGGUCACGACCAGACGGGGUACCUCAUAAAUGUCAUGGAACACAAAACGGUGAGGAAGUUUGGCCUUGCCCAGCUUUACCUCCAGCCAGAGGAAUACGGGUGGUUCCGAAAGUGGCUCCAGCUCCGAAAGAGGGCUGUGCCGUUAAAUAACCUUUUCUUCAACACCCUGGGUCGGGGGCAGGCCAGGGACAUGGUCCGUUAUUUCAGGAGGGCUUGGUCAGAGAUGGGCCUGCCGGGUGCCCUCAGCCUCCUGGAUGUAAGGACUGCUGUCGCCACCUACAACUUUGAGAGCAACGACACUGAAGUUCGACAAAGUUUGUCGAACUUUAUGUGUCACGACGUUGCCACGCAAGAGCGAUUCUAUGCGUUACAUAAGACACUGUCCCGGGCCAAGCAGAUGCGGGAGAUGUUUGUCUGCCUGUCAGUAAGGCCUGACAAAACUACCCCUGCCACAACCCCUGCCACAACCCCUGCCACAGCCCCUGCCACGAUGCCUGCCACAGCCCCUGCCACAGAGGGUCCAAGCCGCAAAAGGCCCCCCCCGUCCUCACCCCAGAGUUCAGACUCUGAGGAGAAGGAGGAGGAGGAAGUCCCGACAACCCCAAAAAAGAAGCGUGAGUCCCUCUCAAUGAAGCUUGCAAAAAAAGUCAAGGAGAAGGUUGGCUUCUCCCCCAGGAAGCAGCAAACUCAGCCGGUGCACGCCCGGCUACGGCCAAGGGUGCUCCUUAAGGACUGUUCCAAAAUGUUCAAAUAAUUUUUUUAUCUUGUGUAAUAUGUGUUCUUAUUUAUGUUCACUCUAACUUAUUAUUCUGUUCAGGUUAUUAAUAUUCUUGUUAUUUCUUCAUUCAAAUCGU